GCUGUUUGGUCUGCACAUGCAAAAGGAAAGCCACAGUGUGAAAGGCUGAGGACAAGAAGCAGCAAGCCUCCUGCAAGGAUCUCUCCCUCUGUCUGCCUCUCACCUCUCCAGAUGCACAGCAUUCUCACUGUUUUGUAAGAAAGAAAUGCAGUGACGGAGCCCCUAUUUAAUCCAGGUCUGGUUGCUCCAGCCCCCCGAGGAACCUUCAUCAUACCCUUUGAUCCUGCAAGAGUCUACAAGUCAGUAAUGGAUCUGCACCGGGCUGCUUUCAAGAUGGAGAACUCUUCUUUUCUCCCCAACCCUCUGGCAUCUCCGGCGCUAAUGGUCUUGGCAUCCACUGCCGAAGCAAGUCGCGAUGCAUCCAUACCGUGCCAACAGCCGCGACCUUUUGGGGUUCCGGUGUCAGUGGACAAAGAGGUCCACAUUCCAUUUACCAAUGGUUCCUAUACAUUCACCUCCAUGUAUCACCGUCAAGGAGGGGUACCUGGAGCUUUCCAAAACCGUGACUUCCCACCUUCGCUUCUCCAUCUGCACCCACAGUUUGCCCCACCCAACCUGGACUGUUCUCCAAUCAGCAUGCUGAAUCACAGCGGUGUGGGUGCCUUUAGGCCUUUCACUUCCCCUGAGGAGCGUGAAAGUUAUCAGUCAGCUUUUACCCCGGCCAAGCGACUCAAAAGCUGUCAUGACACUGAUUCCCCACACCUGCGCUUCUCGGACGCGGACGGGAAAGAGUAUGAAUUUGGUGCUCAGAUCCCCAGCGGCUCCCCAGGGGGGCUCAAAGUGGACGAUGCUGGGAAAAAACUUUUUGCUGUGUCCGGCCUGAUUUCAGACAGAGAAACGUCAUCCAGCCCUGAAGAUCGAAAUGAUAGAUUUCCCUUCUGCAAGAGGUCCGGAUGGUUCUGCCAAAGGAAAGUUGAAGGCAAAAAGAAGGUUGCCCUGUUUGACAGCCAAGCCCCAAUAUGUCCAAUAUGUCAGGUCCUGCUGCGGCCCGGGGAGUUACAGGAGCAUAUGGAGCAGGAACUUGACAAACUUACCCAAUUCAACAUAAGUAAGAAUUCCAUACAGAAAGACAUCAUGACCCCGGGCACGCCAAAGGCUGUUUUGUUAUCUGCUUCAAUCAAGCGAGAAGGCGAAUCUCCAACAUCAUCGCCUCACUCAACGGAGGACAUCCACCACUCGGAUAGAUACCAGACCUUCCUGAGGGUGAGAGCCAAUAGACAAACCAGACUGAAUGCGCGGAUUGGAAAAAUGAAACGAAGGAAGCAAGAUGAGGGGCAGGUAUGUCCGCUCUGCAGCCGGCCAUUGUCUGGAUCGGAGGAGGAGAUGAGUAGACAUGUGGAACUGUGUCUUGCUAAGAGAGAAAACUGUAUGAACGAGGACGAUUCUGUCGAUAUUGAGAAUGAACACGGCAAUCGGUUUGAGGAAUAUGAAUGGUGUGGCCAGAAAAGAAUACGAGCCACGACACUUUUGGAAGGAGGAUUCCGUGGUUCUGGAUUUAUUAUGUGUAGCAGCAAAGAAAAUCACGAUAGUGACGCCGACCUCGAUGUGGAUGGAGAUGACACUCUAGAGUAUGGCAAGGCGCAAUAUACGGAAGCAGACGUUAUCCCGUGCACCGGUGAGGAGCCUGGAGAAGCCAAAGAGAGAGAAGCCCUGAGAGGAGCCGUGUUAAACGGUGGGACACCGAGCACCCGGAUAACAACAGAAUUCUCCAAAUGGGCCAGCGACGAAAUGCCCUCAACAAGUAAUGGGGAGAGUAGUAAGCAGGACGCAGCCAUGCAGAAAACGUGCAAGAACAGUGACAUUGAAAAGAUCACAGAAGAGUCUGCAGUGACGACGUUCGAAGCACUAAAAGCGCGUAUCCGUGAAUUAGAAAGACAGCUGUCCCGAGGGGACCGCUACAAAUGCCUCAUUUGCAUGGAUUCGUACACAAUGCCCCUGACGUCCAUUCAGUGCUGGCACGUGCACUGCGAGGAAUGCUGGCUACGCACUCUGGGCGCAAAGAAGCUUUGUCCACAGUGUAACACGAUCACAUCUCCCGGAGACCUGCGGCGCGUAUACUUGUGAGAUAAACCAGGAGAGAGACGCGUGCUGCUUCAACCUGGUGGAGGAUUCCUUCAGACAAAGCUCUCCCACCCCUUUGAUCAUCCUGAAAAAUUUCUUUUUGGAAAAGGACUCGAGUUGGAGCAGCAGAAGCUUAGAGACUUAGAGACAAAAAAAAAAAAACACUUGGAGCAAAGGAACCUUCAUAUGGAAAAUCUAGACUUUCCCGAAUGAGAGAGAUGUUUGGAGAGGAGCAAGACCAUAAACUUUGAGGCUCCCUAAUCCGCUUUGUUCUUUCCUGUGGGCACGAAAUGGGAAAAACACAAAUUUGGUACCCCUUCUUCUGUACUCCAGCACCUCUGUGAAUUUUCUCUUCUCCCUGUUCCUGGUUUAUUUUUCGCCUUCCAAAAAGAAAAUCAAAA